UAUGAUUCGUGCAGUGUCCAAUAUUGCAUUCGAGUGGUCAAUUCCAUGGUCGAAUUAUUAACACUUAACCUAGUGAUCCGAACAUCGAGUGAUUGGAGGGCGGGUCAUUUGCAUCGCUUCAGAUGGCCGAGACACAGUCGGAACACCCAUCAUUAUAAAAUCUACGGGUGUUUGUUAUUGGGUUCAAGUGCCAAAUCCAUUUUCGAUCCUGAACACAUCACCCGACAAUGCUACUAAAUUCCACUACUGCUUCAAAUGCUCUUGCAGGUUUCGAGGAGUUGGAGUCAUAUGUAGUGGGAUUUAUAAUUCUUCGUUAUAGUUCUGUUAGUGCAACGGCGUUCUAUGUCUAUAAUUUUUCACCGUUAAACCCCGCCCAAGUGCUUACAGUCGGAGAUGAGGUGAAUGUUGUACGGGCUGUGCGAUUAUCUGGUACUCAUCUUCACCGUCUUGUCAGGUUGAACUUAUCUGGGGCUCUCGAUGGACAGUCGUCAAAGUAUCAUAUUUCAUUUCCCGCUACCUUGCUUUGGGAUUUAUCUUAUAUUUUACCACUGCUUUAUUUUCGUGGCGCAUGGGCUGAUUUUAGUGGACAUACAGGCUUCUUAUUGGACUUAUAUAGUAUCAUAGCUAUUCUUCAGAUGAGAUUAUUCGCUCUGUAUGAUCAUGACAAAAGGGUUAUCAUCACUGUCACUGUGUUAUACAUAAUCAUUCUGGGCACUCAGUUGGGCAUGGGUAUCUUUGAAGUGCACUAUUAUGAGAGUCAACGUUCCGCUGAAGCGCGAUUUCGAGAAAUUGGCAUUUGCGCAGGUGGUACUAUUAAUUGGUAUGCCUUGACCUGGACGCCGACAAUGUUUUAUGACUUCGUCCUCUUUGUGUUAGCGGUGUUCAAGUCAAUCCGACACCACCGUCAGAUUUCUGACCUGAAUAAAAGCUGGCUUGGAAUAAACAUCAUUAAUGUUAUGAUUAGAGACUCGCUGUUAUGUUUCCUGAUGAACUUUGCUGUUUAUUUUACAUCUACUAUAUUAUGGUGGGUUGAUGCCGUCUACCUACAGGAGAUCAUACCAGUUUGGCAACUUGUCGCCCCGGCUGUUCUUGCUACACGACUCGUUGUCAACAUCCGCCGUUUUUACUCGGACUCUCAUUCGACAAAUAUCACUAGGAACGGCGGGUCAAUAGUACACCAGAACCUUUCAUAUGAGAACAACACAUCUGGCAUGUUGUUUAAUGACCAACGCGUGGAAAUCCAAGAAGCCGUGUUUACCGUGGCCGAAUUGGCGAUAGUUCCUAACCUCUUAGAGGCAGGAAUCAUUGUCACAGCGCUUCGAACGAUCAGAUGCGACAACUUGGAAGUCAUAGGUGCUAAUAUGCCGACAAUGCUUAUAUAUUUUCAAAAUAAUGGCAUUGGUCUUUGCAACCUCCAUGUUUUCUAUGCCCCGCCACCCAUUCCACAGAUGGGAAUGCUAGCAAAUUCUACUUCCCCUGCGGGUUCACAGGAAAGUCAAUCGGUUCUGUGGAAUGUUGGUACCAUCCAUUAUGAAGCUGUCGCAGCGGUAGCCUUCUAUGUUUAUGACUUUAUGUUAACGUUCGGAGAUGGGGUUGAAUUUAUUUGGGGUUCUCCGUGGUCUCUCGUGAAAAUAUCUUUUAAUAUUACUCUGCCAUUAGUAUCGUUACUCUUCUUUGGGGAUUUCAAUAAUUAUUACUACUACAAAAUCUUAUCCCCUCAGUUCCCCAUUCAUUGUAUGGUUUCCAGAAUAGUUUUGUUAGCAUCAUUGUUUGAAGCCGUCAUUUCCCUUAUUGCGGUUGAAGGUUUGCUUUUAUCAUAUGCACACUCGAGUAAAUUCGACAAGUCAUUCGCAGCCAUCCUUCAAAUGCGGCUAUUUGCUCUGUAUGAUCACGAUAAAAGGGUCACAGUCCCUAUCACGGUGCUGUUCGUCAUCAUGGCAUGCGGCCUACUCAGCAUGAGCAGCUUUGCGAUAUACAACUUCAACAACAGCCGGUUGAAGUCACUCCAGCACUACCGUCAGGUUUCUUGCCAAGAUUGGUCUAGAGCAAGCAUAAUCAAAGUCAUGACCAGAGAUUCUUUACUAUUCUUUUUAUCAAAUUUCACUUUACAUCAAUGCCAGUGGCCACUUGAUAGCACCCUUGCACCAAACUUCCAUACGAAAGCAAAUCGAAGCUUCAAAUCGAACAAAUCGGUAUACUGUGAUUCUAGUGUGAUUAAAUAUGCCUUGAGAAUGCAUUGUUCGAGUAAAGUACUUAUUCAGGUUACUCCUCACAGGCAGGUGUCAAUACAUUCACCAUUACUAGUGCAUGUAAAGUCUUGUGAUUCCAAGUUAGGCACAAAGGAGGACGAGUGA